AUGGCUCGGCUCAGAGACUCACGCUCACCAACUCCAGCAGGAAGCCAGCAACCCUCCAGAAGACAUCGUAGAGAUGACGAUAGAAAGGAUCGAGAUCGAUUUCGGGAUCGGGAUCGCCGAGACUAUGGGCGCGACCUAAGACGCCGAAGUCGCUCUCGAAGCCCACACGAUCGUCGUAAUCGCGACCGGGACCGCGACCGGGAUAGAGACCAUGACUUCCGCCGCCGUGACCGUUCCGUAGACCGUCCCGUAGACCGUCGAGGUGAUGACCAUUAUCGAGGUGGAAGGGACCGCAGACGGUCGCGUGAUCGCCCCGUAGAUAGGGAGAGAGACCGCUCUACCGAACCUCGCCGGCGCAGAAGCCGCGACCGUGAUGGUGACAGGGAUCUCCGAACUAGGCGAGACGACUCCCGUGAUCGAGUCAGAGGACGACGCGAAGGUACUGCUGACUCUCAUCCGCGCAGUAGGCGAGGUGAUAGCCGCGAGCGAGGCCCGGCGCCCAGCGAUGCCGUUAAGGCGAAGCCAUCAGAUGUAGAAUCGAAACCAAAGCCUGCUCCCGCCCAGUCUGAUACCGAUAAAAAGGCUGAACGCCUUGCCAAGUUGGCAGCAUGGAAAAAGAAGCAAGAGGAGAAGGAGAAACAGAAAGAGCCGACUCCAGGUGGAACUCGGAAGCUUCUUGCUGAGAUGGACGAAAAGGCUAACACUGUACCCUCCAAUACAACACCUGUAGGAGCUUCUCCGACGCCAGUAUCGCCUGCUGACUCGCAGGUCCCUUCACCAGCAACCCCAUAUGCUGGUAAAUUUGAUCCCAAGGCUAUCGCUAAAAAGUCGGCUCCUAAAGCGCACUCUCCAGCCGCGCCUAAACUAGGUGCCGUUGCCGGUCAGCCACCGUCUAUAAGCCUCAGUUCAACCACACAAGUCUCAAGUGUGUCUGCUCUUCCGCAAAGCAGGGCUAAAACAAGUGGCUUCGGUUUCCACAAGCAAAAUGCAGAAACCGAGAAAGUUGCUCAAAAGCGGAAGUUGAUACUAGAUGAAGAAGAGACAUCAGACAGAAAACUUGCUAAGCUACCCUCCCUACCCCUCGACGACGUAGAUGAUACACCCUAUGAAAAUCAGGACGAAGAGGAUGACGAUGAUACUGUUCCUUUCGCCGGGGAUGAAGAGGAAGAGGCCGCUGCAGCCCGAGCAGCUCAAGAGAGACGAGAGGAACGUAUUGCGCAAGAGAAUGCGCAGCAGACGACGGAAAUGCAGGUUGACCAAGACGAGGAAGAAACAACUCCAGAAACGAAUGGUGCCGCUCAGACUACCCAGCCGGAUGAUGUCAUGGAAGUCGACGAGGAGGAUGUUGAUCCUCUAGACGCCUUCAUGAAUGAUCUUGAGACCAAGCCCGCUACUGAUCCACGUCCCAAAGCAAGCCUCAACCAGAGCAAAGAUUUGCAAGAGCCGGAAGCGUAUUUCAGCGACGAUGAGUAUGACUACCGGAAUGAGAAUGUGGACCCCGAUUCGUUCUUGGCUAUCGCGGCGAAAGCUCGCAAGAAGAAGGACAUCCCAUCUGUUGAUUACAGCAAGCUUGACUUACAACCUGUUCGAAAAAAUUUCUGGGUCGAACCAUCUGAGUUAUCAGAGAUGACCGAUGUCGAAUUAGCAGACCUGCGCAUUGAACUGGACGGGAUCAAGGUAUCUGGUAAGGACGUGCCGAAGCCUGUCCAAAAGUGGUCUCAAUGUGCUCUGUCGCGGAAAACGCUCGAUAUUGUUGAUAGCUUAGGAUACGAAAAGCCCACGCCGAUUCAGAUGCAAGCGUUUCCUACAAUCAUGUCUGGUCGAGACGUCAUUGGCGUUGCGAAGACCGGAUCGGGAAAAACUCUAGCUUUCUUAUUACCUAUGUUCAGGCACAUCAAGGAUCAACGACCCCUGAAGGAGAGCGAAGGUCCUAUUAGCUUGAUUAUGACUCCUACGCGUGAGUUAGCUACCCAAAUCUACCGAGACUGCAAACCAUUCCUUAAGUCAAUGAACCUUCGCGGAGUCUGCGCAUACGGUGGCGCGCCCAUCAAAGAUCACAUCGCCGAGUUGAAGAGAGGCGCAGAAAUUGUGGUUUGCACCCCAGGUCGUAUGAUUGAUCUGCUAGCAGCGAAUCAAGGUCGCGUGACUAACCUAAAGAGGGUUACGUAUGUCGUCCUUGACGAGGCAGACAGAAUGUUUGACAUGGGUUUCGAGCCCCAGGUAAUGAAGAUCUUCGCGAAUAUGCGACCAGACCGCCAGACAAUUCUCUUCUCGGCCACCAUGCCUCGUAUCAUGGAUGCGCUGGCUAAGAAGGUUCUGAACAAUCCUGUAGAAAUCACUGUAGGAGGGAAAAGCGUUGUCGCCCCUGAAAUCACCCAAGUUGUCGAGAUCCGAGAAGAAAAUACCAAAUUCGUUCGCCUACUUGAGCUCUUGGGCGUGCUUUACGACAGGGACGAGGAUGCUCGAGCGCUAAUAUUCGUGGAACGCCAGGAGAAGGCAGAUGACUUACUGAAGGAACUAUUGCGCAAAGGUUACCCUUGCAUGUCAAUUCACGGCGGGAAGGAUCAAAUCGACAGGGAUUCGACCAUUAUAGAUUUUAAAGCUGGAGUUAUUCCGGUCCUCAUCGCGACGUCCGUGGCAGCUCGUGGUCUCGAUGUUAAGCAACUAAAACUGGUCGUCAAUUACGACGCCCCGAACCAUCUCGAAGACUAUGUGCACCGUGCCGGCCGUACCGGGCGUGCGGGUAACAAAGGAACAGCAGUCACUUUUAUAACAAGAGACCAAGAAAACUGCGCGCCAGGAAUCGCGAAGGCUUUAGAGCAAAGUGGACAAGAAAUACCGCCGGAACUGGAUGAAAUGCGUAAAGCAUUUAGGGAUAAAGUCAAGUCUGGCAAAGCCAAAGAUCAAUCUGGCUUUGGCGGCAAGGGACUAGAGAGGCUUGAUCAGGAGAGAGAAGCAGCCCGGCUCAGAGAGCGGAAAUCCCAUCGGACAGAAGGCGAGGAGGAGGAAGAAAAGAAAGAGGAGAAAAAUGGCGAGGACAAGAAAGGCGAUAAGGCUCUGUCAGCCAUUCAGACAGCCUCUUCGGGUAUUAUCUCUCGCGAUGCUGCUGCUGCUGCUGCUCCGAAGAUUGAUCUCGAGCCGAAAUUUACUAUCCACAAGAGGGAAGAGCCUGCACCGUCCGCAAGCGCCAGCAAUCCCUUGGACAAGGUAUCUUCUGCGAUCAAUGCUAUCAAUGCUCGCUUAGGUCGCGCGGGCCAGCUAAGACCGGGUCAACCAAUCGACAACAAAGGCCCAGACGCAGGUGCAUUCCACGCAACUCUCGAAAUUAACGAUUUUCCACAGAAGGCCCGCUGGGCCGUCACCAAUAGAACCAAUGUCGCCAAAAUUCUUGAGGCGACUGGAACGUCUAUUACCAACAAAGGAACAUUUUAUCGGCCUGGUCAAGAGGUACCGCCUGAUGGUGAACCUAAGCUUUACAUUCUGGUAGAAGGUGAUACUGAGUUAAUGGUGGCUAACGCCAUGGCCGAGCUUACUCGCUUACUCAAGGAGGGUACUAUCGCCGCCGCCGAUGCGGAUAAUAGGGCCCCCAUUGGUGGUAGAUACACCGUCACUUAG